AUGUUUACAGGAAUCGUAGAAAUCAUCGGAGUUGUGUCCGAACUCAACCCUCAAUCCGAGGAUGGCGGCACCACGCUCACAAUCUCCAACGCCUCCGAGAUCCUAUCCGACUGCCACCUCGGCGACAGCAUCAGCGUCAACGGCACCUGUCUCACCGUCACCGCCUUUGACAAUUCCACGUUCAAGGUUGGCGUCGCCCCCGAGACCCUGCGCCGUACAAAUCUCGGCUCCCUCAAACAGAAUAGCAAUGUCAACCUCGAGCGGGCCGUAUCAGCCAGCACGCGCAUGGGCGGACAUUUCGUGCAGGGACACGUGGAUACCGUCGGCACGAUACUGAAGGUUGAGCCGGAUGGAAAUGCCCUGACGUUCAGGUUCCAGCCGAGGGAUAAGAGCGUGCUGAGGUACGUGGUGGAGAAGGGCUACGUGACGCUGGAUGGGGCGAGCUUGACGGUCACGAAGGUCGAUGAUGAGGAGGGCUGGUGGGAGGUGAUGUUGAUUGCUUAUACCCAGGAGAAGGUUGUUACGGCGAGCAAGAAGGUGGGCGAGGAGGUUAACGUGGAGGUCGAUCAGAUUGGGAAGUACGUAGAGAAGGCUGUGGAGGGCUAUUUCUCCAACGGGAGCAGUGGGGAGCCGGCCAUUCUCCAGAAGAUGGUUGAGAGGAUUGUUGAUGCGAGGUUAAAUUCAGCGAGGUAA